GUAAAGAGAACUUUAUCUGACAGUGAUAAGCUAAAUGUGGUUAAGAAAGGACCAACAUUUAUGUCUUGCUUCUCAAAGUUUAAUGAUGUCGCGUACAGUCAAGCAAUUCCUCUUCACACUGCACCUUGGUCUUAGUUUUCUGCUCCUAGUUCAUGCCCAGGAUGAUCAAUCAGAAUUCAUUAGCAUAGAUUGUGGCCUGCAGAAAGUUACCUAUACCGAAACGACAACAAAAAUUCGCUACGUUUCAGAUGCAAGCUUCAUAGACACCGGUGAAAGUAAAUCUGUGUUGAAUGAGUUUAGAGAUGACUAUCAACAACCCUACUGGUCUCUAAGGAGCUUCCCUGAAGGAACCAGGAACUGCUACAACAUAAACGUCACAAGCGGCAUCAAAUAUUUGAUCAGAGCAAGUUUUGUUUAUGGGAAUUAUGAUGGCCAAGAAAAAGCACCUGAGUUUGAACUCCACCUUGGAGCUAACUUAUGGGAGUCAAUACGGUUUGAGAAUGCCUCCGUAGGAGCAGCAGACAAAGAGCUUAUACAUGUCCCACUGCGAAGCUACAUACAUGUCUGUCUGGUGAACACAGGCUCCGGCGUUCCAUUUAUAUCAGCAAUAGAACUCAGGCCUUUACUUAAUGCAUCUUAUCCAACACAAGUGGGGUCGUUGGCGCUUGAGAUGCGAUUUGAUACUGGUCAAGAACCAACUGAUUCUGAAGGAUACAGGUAUCCGUUCGAUGUUCAUGAUCGCUUCUGGGAUGCCUACGACCGUGAUGAUUGGGCACAAUUAAGUACAUCACAGACCAUUGACUCUGGAUCUAGCAAUGAUUACCAACCACCUCCUAUUGUGAUGCGUACUGCUGCAACACCAAGAAGUGCUAAUGCUUCCUUGGAUUUCUUCUGGCUGCCUGCUGAUGACAAGGCAUCAUACUAUGUAUACAUGCACUUUGCAGAAGUUGAAAAGCUACAAGCAAACCAAUCCAGACUGCAAUACAUUACUAGGAACGGGCAGGUCUUUUAUGAUUUAUUUGCUCCCGAUUACUUGUACACAAAUACUAUUUUUAGCCCUGCCGCUUUGAGUGGAGGACAAUAUAAUUUUUCAAUCCGUAAGGCAGAGAACUCUACCCUUCCACCCAUCCUCAACGCCAUUGAGAUUUACACAUUGAAGGAAUUCUUAGAGUUAGAAACAAACCAAGAAGAUAUUGACGCAAUCAACAUCAUCAAGUCAACAUAUAAGAUUAAAAAGAACUGGCAAGGAGAUCCAUGUGCCCCUCAAGCUUACUUGUUGGAAGGUGUAAAGUGUAGCUAUCCUCAAAAUGAGUCCCCAAGAAUCAUAUCCUUGGAUUUGUCCUCGAGCGGAUUAACAGGGGAGAUAGCUCCUUCUAUAUCCAACCUUACAGUGAUUCAGACAUUGGAUUUAUCAAACAACAACUUGACAGGACCAAUUCCUGACUUUUUGUCUCAAUUGCCAGACUUAAAUGUCAUAAACUUGGAGAAAAACAAGCUCACAGGCUUAGUUCCAGUAGGACUGAUUGAAAGAAGGAAGAAUGGUUUUCUAUCAUUAAGUUUGUGUGCAAAUCCAAAUCUAUCCGGAAAUGUUUCUUGCAAAAAGAAGCGCAAUUUUGUUAUUCCCGUAGUUGCGUCAGUCGCUGGAAUCUCCAUCCUCUUAUUAUCUGUAGCGGCUCUCUGUUGGGGCAUUAAUCGGAAAAGACAACCUGGAGCUGUCACAGAUGCAAAUCCUAUCAUUGCACCAGUGGAGGCAACAAAACGGCAGUUUACAUACUCUGAGAUCCUCCAGAUCACCAACAAUUUAAAGAGGAUUCUUGGCAAAGGUGGAUUUGGAACAGUUUAUCAUGGAUGCAUAGACAAAACUCAAGUAGCUGUCAAGAUGCUUUCACCGUCUUCAGUUCAAGGGCUUCAACAGUUUCAUGCUGAGGUUAAUCUUCUGAUGAGAGUUCAUCAUAUUAACUUGACAAGCCUUGUAGGAUAUUGCAAUGAUGAAAAUCACAUAGGGCUUGUGUACGAGUACAUGGAAAAUGGAAACUUACAAGCAUAUCUAUCAGACAGCACUCCAGUUGUCUUCACUUGGGAAGGUAGACUUCAAAUAGCUACAGAUGCUGCACAAGGAUUGGAGUAUCUGCACUAUGGUUGUAGCCCACCUAUUAUCCACAGGGAUGUGAAAUCAACAAACAUCUUGUUGAAUGAAUAUUUUCAAGCCAAACUAUCUGAUUUUGGCCUAUCCAGAAAUUUCCCUGUAGAGGAUGGGACUCAUAUAUUGACAGGUGUUGCUGGCACUCCCGGGUACCUUGCGCCCGAGUACAAUAUGUCAAACAGGCUAAAUGAGAAAAGUGAUGUUUACAGCUUUGGGGUUGUACUGUUGGAGAUUAUCGCGGGUCGACCUGCUUUUAUAAACGCACAUGAGAGAAUUCACAUAAGUAAAUGGGUUGGUUUGUUGCUUCCAAAAGGAGACAUUUACAGCAUUGUUGAUCCAAGGUUAGAGAGAAGUUUCAAUGUUAGCUCUGUCUGGAAAGCUGUGGAAUUAGCAAUGGCAUGUGUAUCUAAACACCCCAUCAACAGGCCAUCCAUGAGCCAGGUAUUAGUGGAACUAAAGGAGUGUUUGGCAACCGAACUGGCUCGAACAAAGCAGAGCGGCAAUCACACUGAAAUAGGAAAUUCCAUUGAGAUGAUGUCUCAGAAUUCAAUCGCUAUGCUACGUCCCUCAGUUAGGUAGUAGUACGUACUAAAAUAAUGGGAUUGGAAUUUAUUAUUUCAAUCCUUGCAGGUUGUAUUAUGUAUGUAUUGCAAAUGUUUCAUAAUCAAUAAUGUAUCUUCUUAUCAAGAAUUAUGGGC